AUGCCUCGGAAGCAGCAGGCUGGCUGCAUCCUCCUCCUCACAUUCCUGGGUCUGGCCCGGCUGGUUGGCACAGUUACCAGAACAUACCACAUCGGGAUUGUGGAAGAAUACUGGAACUAUGUCCCCCAAGGGAAGAACGUUAUCACUGGGAAGAGUUUCACAGAAGACAAACUUGCCACCUUAUUUCUCGAAAGAGGGCCCAACAGGAUAGGCGGCAUUUACAAAAAGGCUGUUUACCGACACUUCACAGAUGAGACCUAUUCCACGGAGAUCCCCAAACCUUCCUGGCUUGGAUUCCUGGGUCCCAUCUUGCGGGCUGAAGUGGGUGAUGUGAUUGUCAUUCACUUAAAGAACUUUGGAUCUCGACCUUAUUCUUUGCACCCACACGGCGUUUUCUACAACAAAGAUUCAGAAGGAGCCCUAUACCCAGAUGGAACGUCCGGAAAAAACAAAAAUGAUGACGUGGUUCCUCCUGGCAAAAACUACACCUACGUCUGGCCGGUGAGAGAAGAAUACGCGCCUGCUCCGGCAGACGCCAACUGCCUGACUUGGGUGUACCAUUCGCACAUCGACGCCCCUAAGGACAUCUGCUCUGGGCUCAUUGGCCCCCUGCUGGUGUGUAAGGAAGGUACCCUAAACAGAUAUUCAGGUACAAGGACUGAUGUGGAUCGAGAGUUCAUUAUAAUGUUUACUCUCGUGGAUGAGAAUCAGAGCUGGUACCUCGAUGAAAAUAUCAAACAUUUCUGCACUGACCCCAAUUCUGUUGACAAAAAAGAUGCUGUUUUCCAGAGGAGUAACAAGAUGCAUGCCCUCAACGGAUACCUCUUUGGAAACUUCCCCGAGCCUGACAUGUGUGUGGGUGAAUCCGUGUCCUGGCACCUCUUUGGAAUGGGGAACGAGAUAGACAUCCACUCCAUCUAUUUUUACGGUAACACCUUCAUCAGCAGAGGACAUCGGACUGAUGUCGUUAACCUGUUCCCGGCCACCUUCCUCACAACAGAAAUGAUAGCCAAGAAUCCCGGGAAGUGGAUGAUAACCUGCCAGGUCAGCGACCACCUACAAGCUGGUAUGCUGGGGCAGUACAAUGUUGGUAACUGCAAAAGUGAUAUUUUUCACCCCAAGAUGAAGGGUCAACAAAGGCGCUACUUUAUAGCAGCUGAAAAAGUUCUUUGGGAUUAUGGUCCUCAAGGCUAUGACAAAUUCAGUGGUCUUCCCCUCAAUGCCUCUGGCAGUGAUUCUGAGCUCUACUUCACACAAGGGAACAACAGAAUAGGAGGAAAAUACUGGAAGGCUCGGUACACUGAAUUUGUUGAUGCAACUUUUACCCAAAGAAAGAGACUCUCUGCUGCAGAAGCCCAUCUUGGAAUUCUUGGCCCAGUCAUCAAGGCAGAGGUGGGGGAUACCCUGUUAGUGACCUUUGCCAACAAAGCUGAUAAGGUCUACAGCGUUUUGCCCCACGGUGUGAUCUAUGACAAAGCGUCUGACGCGGCCCCAAACGUAGACGGAUUUCUGAAACCGGGGGCGCAUGUUAAACCAGGUGAAACCUUCACAUACAGGUGGACGGUGCCUGAGAGCGUAAGCCCUACAGCUGACGACCCACCCUGCUUGACCUAUCUUUACUUCUCGGCAGUUGACCCAAUCAAGGACACAAACUCAGGCCUUGUAGGGCCUUUGCUAGUCUGUAAAAGGGGUGUUCUCAAUGCUGAUGGGACACAGAAAGGAAUAGACAAGGAGUUUUACCUACUGUUCACAGUCUUCGAUGAGAAUCUGAGCAGGUAUUUUGACGAAAACAUUCAGAAGCUUACCUGGCGUCCCUUCAGUGUUGACAAAGAAGAUAAAGAGUUUGUGAAAUCCAACCGAAUGCAUGCUGUUAAUGGCUACAUGUAUGGCAACCAGCCAGGACUAAGCAUGUGCAAAAAGGAUAGAGUUUCCUGGCAUAUGAUUGGAUUGGGCACUGACACCGACAUGCAUGGAAUUUCUUUUCAAGGGAACACCAUCCACCUCCGAGGGACUCACCGCGACUCCCUGGCCCUGUUUCCCCACAUGGCCACAACGGCAUUCAUGCAGCCAGACCAUGCAGGUAUUUUCAGGGUGUUUUGUGCCACCUUGUACCACCUCUUGCGAGGCAUGGGUCAGAUAUAUGAGGUCAACGGCUGUGGCAACAAGGACCCUUCUGAGCAGCCGUACGGGAUGAUAAGAACGUUUUACAUCACCGCUGAAGAGGUAGAAUGGGAUUAUGCCCCUAACAAAAACUGGGAGUUCGAAAAGCUGCCCUUGGACGCAAGAGGGGAAAGACAUGGAGAUAUAUUUAUGAACCACACUGAAAAUUGGAUUGGCUCUCAGUACAAGAAGGUGGUUUACAGGGAAUACACCGAUGGAGAAUUUGUGGAGAUCAAAGCCCGGCCGCCUCGAGAGGAGCACUUAGAACUCCUGGGCCCAAUGAUUCAUGCCGAGGUGGGUGACUCAGUCCUGAUUAUAUUUAAGAACAAAGCCAGGCGGCCCUACUCCAUCUCAGCCCAGGGUGUGGAGGAGAUGGACAUUGGAAAGCAGUUCCAAGUGCCCGUGACGAAGCCAGGAGAAAUAAAAACUUACAGGUGGAAUAUCCCUAAAAGAUCUGGUCCAGGGCCCUCUGAUCCCAACUGUAUUCCAUGGGUUUAUUAUUCCACAGUAAACUUUGUGAAGGACAUGUAUAGUGGUUUGAUGGGUCCUCUGAUUAUAUGUCGAGAAGGAAUAUUGAAUGAAAAGGGAAGAAGAAGCGAUAUUGAUUAUGAAUUUGCUCUAUUGUUUUUGGUAUUUAAUGAGAAUGAAUCCUGGUACCUGGAUGACAAUAUUAAGAAGUAUCUCAAUAAAGAUCCACGAAAUUUUAAGCCCUCUGUCGAUUUUGAGGAGAGCAACAGAAUGCAUGCUAUUAAUGGGAAGAUUUUUGGGAAUCUCCAUGGCCUCAUAAUGAAUGAAGACACAAUGACAAACUGGUAUUUGCUAGGGCUAGGAAGCGAAGUGGACAUCCACACCAUCCAUUACCACGCGGAGAGCUUUCUUUUCAAAAUGGAUAAAUCUUACCGAGAAGAUGUGUACGAUCUUUUCCCCAUGACAUUCCAAACCAUCGAACUGUUUGCAGAUCACCCAGGGACAUGGCUGCUACACUGUCAUGUGUCAGACCACAUCCAUGCUGGCAUGGAGACAACCUACACAGUCCUCCGGAACAUAGACAACAGGGUUCCCUACUCCACCACGUCCGCUUCAGGAGGGGCAUCCCACCCGGCCACGGCCACGGCCACGGUGCCCUCCGAUGAACAACCCGGCAAGGAGAAUCUCUAUUUCUUUGGCAAGAGUCUGGGUCCAAGAGGAGCCAAGGCAGCCUUGGUCAUCCUUUUCAUCAUCGGACUCCUCCUCCUGAUCGCCACUGUGAUUCUCUCCCUCAGACUCCACUCUGCGAGGAAGCAGAUGGUUUACCAGGAAGUCCAGUCCUGCGCACUCCCCACGGAUGCUCUGUGAACCAUCUGGUCUUGCUGGGCAGGGAGGGGCGAGGCCCCACAGCUGGCAGGCCGGAUGGCGGCCAGCAGGGAAACAGGACCAAGGCAUCGUUCACCAAGGAAGGUUGACACUGUAUCCUGGAUCAGGCUUCUGAUCCUCUGGAACAUCAUCCAAAGCAAUUUGCUUUUGUUUACUUAUUUUUAAAUGGACUGUGAAUAAUCCUCAGGUACAAAAGACAGAAAAAAAGAGCAUAGGUAUGACACAGAAGUGCCAACUCUUAGUCUGUUCUUGAGAUGAAUUUGCUUAAGUGGGAGACUCUCUGAAAGAUACCUUUAUAUUUCCAUCUUUCAUAGUUAUAAAACAGUGCUUCAUUAGCUAACUGUCAAAGUCGCUAGAUGAACAACUUCUAGAGGGAGUUACAGUGCUUCAGAUAUCUAUCUGCAAGGGCACUGAUUUUUCAACACCGUUCCAUAAGAUGUUUAUUGUAGUUUUUUUGGUUUUCUUUUGGUUUUUUUUUUUUUUUUUUUUUUUUACAGGGAAACUGUCUUUCUGAGUUUCUGGACCUGAAUCUUGAGUCUGAUUUUUCAUUCAGUUCAUGUCAAUGUCUAAGUCAGUAUCUGCUGAUAGAAUUGGACCAAAUGUAUUUUGGGGGGAGCUUUAACCAGUUCUCCUGGACUUAUUCCCUUUAAUAUAAAUAGCCUGUGCACUGAUUGUUAUAAACAGCAAAGUUAUAAGCUUUUUAAAAAUUUGCUGCUCUUUUUAUGCAAACCUACAGAAAUACAUCAAUGUUUACAACUCACUUCAUGUUAUAUAUUUCUAUGAUACGUUUCCAUGGCAAUGCUUAUAUUUUAAAAAAUCAACUAGAGAAUUUGUAUUUAUAUUUCAGACUGUGAGAGGGUUGGGAUUUGUGAAAGAGCAGGCUAGGUUCUCCCACUGUGAGUCAGAGACUCCCUGGGAUUUUAGUGUAAGCUCUCACUAAGGGAGGGAAACUUUGCAGGAGGCAAGUCUGGGCUUGAAUUAAUUUUUCUUCUUCUUCUUUUUUUUUUUUUUUGAGACAGAGUUUCACUCUGCUGCCCAGACUACAGUGGAGUUAUCACUGUACUCUAGGUCACUGCACCCUCUAACUCUUGGGCUCAAGCUCCUCCUGCCUCAGUUUCUGGAGUGUCUGGGACUACAGGU